AUGCAAGAGGGCAGUGGCGGGGAGAGGAUAAACAAGUUCAACGCCUUGAAAGAUGAUGACAGUGGGGCCCAUGAUCAGAAUGAAGAAAACAGCACAAAGAAAGAUGGUGAGAAAGAAAAAACGGAACGAGACAAGAAUCAGAACAGCAGCAAAAGGCAGGCUGUUGUCCCUGGACCAGCAGAGCACCCCCUGCAAUACAACUACACACGCUGGUAUUCCAGGAGAACCCCCGGCCGUCCUACCAGCUCACAAAGCUAUGAACAGAAUAUCAAACAGAUUGAUACCUCUGCCUCUGUGGAGCAGUUCUGGAGGUUUUAUAGCCACAUGGAUGAUGCAAAUAAAAAUGGUGGCAAGUGGAUUAUUCGGUUGCGAAAGGGCUUGGCCUCCCGAUGCUGGGAGAAUCUCAUCCUGGCCAUGUUGGGGGAACAGUUCAUGGUGGGAGAGGAGAUCUGUGGGGCUGUGGUCUCUGUCCGCUUUCAGGAGGACAUUAUUUCAAUAUGGAAUAAGACUGCCAGCGACCAAGCAACCACAGCCCAAAUCCGGGAUACGCUUCGGCGAGUGCUUAACCUACCUCCCAACACCAUUAUGGAAUACAAAACUCACACCAACAGCAUCAAGGACAAUUCAAGCUUUCAAAAUACAAAAAUCACAUUGUGAAGUACACAAGCUGGCAAUAAUCCUUUUCUGUGUGUGUGUGUUUGUCCGAAAUGGAUGGGAGGCCUCCAGCCACUCCUUCCAUCUGCUCACUGAAGGGACAUCCCUGAGCCGUGUGCUCCCCUUUUGCACUCAUUCCUGGAGGACGGAUUCCGCUGGACACCCUCCAGCGUCGCUGACUUUAUAAAGCGGAAAAA